CGAGAAGGGGAGGGCCCGUGCUUCUCGCCGCCCUUCAUGCCCAUAUAUGGUCUGUCUGGCGGUUUGGCGACAUCCACCCGGCGAAAAGUGGACACGAGACGUCGGUGUGCUCUGAGACCAGCAUUAAGAUAUCACAGUGCUGUUCAUUAGCCUUGCCCAGCAAUGCCAUCCGACUUGGCCAAAAAGAAGGCAGCGAAGAAGAAGGAGGCUGCCAAGGCCCGUCAGCGUACUAAGAAACCUGAUGAGGUGAACGGGGAGAGUGAACAACCAGAGACCCAGCAAAAUGGAACAGGGAACAAUGGAGCUGAGAACAAUGGGAUUGCCAGUUUGACAAAAGAGCUGGAUGAAUUUGAGCUGAAGAAGACAGAGGCAAGAGCUGUGACUGGGGUGCUGGCUUCACACCCCAACAGCACUGAUGUUCACAUUAGCAGCUUGUCGCUCACCUUCCAUGGCCAGGAGCUGCUUGCAGACACCAGCCUGGAGCUCAACUCAGGCAGACGCUAUGGCCUCAUUGGCCUUAAUGGCACAGGAAAAUCCAUGUUGUUGUCGGCCAUUGGGCAUCGUGAAAUUCCCAUUCCAGAGCACAUAGAUAUUUACCACUUGACCAGAGAGAUGGCUCCCAGUGAGAAAUCAGCUCUGCAGUGUGUCAUGGACGUGGAUGAGCAGAGAAUUAUGUUGGAGAAGGAGGCAGAGAGACUCGCCCAUGAGGACUCGGAGUGUGAGAAGUUGAUGGAGUUGUAUGAGCGUUUGGAGGAGCUGGAUGCAGACAAGGCAGAGGUGCGAGCCUCUCGCAUCCUCCACGGUUUGGGCUUCAGUGCUGCCAUGCAGCAGAAAAAACUGAAGGACUUCAGCGGAGGCUGGAGGAUGCGUGUUGCUCUGGCCAGAGCCCUGUUCAUCAAGCCCUUCAUGUUGCUGCUGGACGAGCCCACUAACCACUUGGAUCUGGAUGCCUGUGUGUGGCUUGAGGAAGAGCUCAAAUCUUUCAAGCGAAUCCUCGUGCUCAUUUCGCACUCUCAAGACUUCCUGAAUGGUGUGUGCACUAACAUCAUCCACCUGCAUCAGAGGAAACUGAAGUACUACACUGGUAACUAUGACCAGUAUGUGAAGACCAGGGAGGAGCUGGAAGAGAACCAGAUGAAGCGCUUCAAUUGGGAGCAAGACCAGAUAGCACACAUGAAGAACUACAUAGCCAGGUUUGGUCACGGCUCUGCCAAGCUGGCUCGACAGGCACAGAGCAAGGAGAAGACAUUGCAGAAGAUGGUGGCAUCAGGCCUGACUGAACGAGUUGUGAAUGACAAGACUCUGUCAUUUUAUUUUCCUCCCUGUGGGAAGAUUCCUCCUCCUGUAAUCAUGGUUCAGAAUGUGAGCUUCAAAUACAGUGACAACACGCCCCACAUAUAUAAAAACCUGGAGUUUGGUAUUGACUUGGAUACACGAGUGGCUCUGGUGGGGCCCAAUGGAGCAGGGAAGUCCACACUGCUGAAGCUGUUGAUGGGAGAGCUCCUACCCACUGACGGCAUGAUUCGCAAACAUUCUCAUGUGAAGAUUGGCAGGUAUCACCAGCAUCUGACAGAGCAGCUAGAGCUGGAUCUGUCUCCUCUGGAGUACAUGAUGAAGUGUUACCCUGAGAUCAAAGAAAAGGAGGAGAUGAGGAAGAUCAUUGGACGCUAUGGCCUGACAGGAAAACAGCAGGUCAGUCCAAUUCGGAACCUGUCAGAUGGUCAGAAGUGCCGGGUGUGCUUUGCCUGGUUGGCCUGGCAGAAUCCACACAUGCUGUUCCUGGAUGAGCCUACCAACCACCUGGACAUUGAGACCAUUGACGCUUUGGCUGACGCUAUCAACGACUUUGAGGGUGGCAUGAUGCUGGUUAGCCACGACUUCAGAUUAAUUCAGCAGGUGGCUCAGGAGAUCUGGGUGUGUGAAAAGCAAACCAUCACCAAGUGGAAUAGGGACAUCCUGGCAUACAAGGAGCACUUGAAAUCCAAGAUUGACAAGCAGCAAGCGCAUGACAUCUAAAACAGCAUCACGCUCUGAGCCACUCACUUAUCUUGCAUCAUGGAUUUGACCUGCAAGCUCCUGAAGGGAUGAGCAGGGAUUGCAUUUCAACAAGUGUCCUGAAUAAAACUGAAACAAUCUCUUAUGCAUAUUAUCGGACACGUGUCUGUACAUGAUUAUUUCCAUCUCAGUUUUGACAGUGAUGCACCGUGCUGAACCUGACCCAAACCCCUCUUCCUUCACCUCAGGCUGCACUCUGAUUGGCUGAUUUCACCUGAAGCAUCUCAGUGCAUUUUGGAAUGCAUUCCAUUGUGCUGUCAUCAUAGAAAAAGUUUUAUUUUUCCAAAUGUGAUGUUUUAUCCCAAUAUGUAUGCAGCAGCUUCUAGGUCAUAUUUUAUGAUAUUUAAAAGUUGACUUUUUUUUCCCUGUGUAAAAGAGCAGUUAUGCCUUAUUUAACAAUGUUAAUGCAAUAAAAGUUUGUCUGAAUAAAUGACAGAAUUUGCAAGUGGA